CCUUCCUGACCUCACAUGUCAGAUCUCAUUCCCUCUCUUCAACUAAAAGAACAUUCCACCAAUUACCUACUGCCACGUAGACUUCCGUCUCUCUCAUUGGCUGCAACUUCCUCCACGUCAUCCAAUGGAUUCUAUUUAGAAUCACCACGUGGUUCGCUCUCCCUGUUCGAAAACUCCGCCGCAUUAACCAACUCCGGCGGAUCCUUCGAAACUAACUCUUCACCUUUUUUCCAUCUUCGGUCGGAUCGUAGUUCUUCAAUCGAAAUCCCCGUCGUCGGAUUCCUGUCCAGUAGUAGUCGCUUUUCGCUUUCAAAAUCUCGACGGCCAUCGGAAUCUUCUUUUUCUACCGUCGUCGCCGUCGCAUUAGAUCAGGACUGUUUAAUGGCGUCACUGGCGCUUACUUCCUCAUAUCUCCCUUCUCUCCGGUCGCGUCUUCCGAAAUCUGAAUCUAAUGCUCAAAUUCGUUGCUCAUCUCUCCGUUCCAGUCUUACCAAAACCGCCAUUUUCGGUAGCGGCGUCAGAACUAGCUUCCGCAUUCCGUCUUCUAUAUCCAAUGAAGCUAAAUCCGUUAAACCAGCUCUAAAUUUCGGAAGUUCUCGUGGAAAUCUCGGUGGUUUUAUUGUCCGAGCGUCUUCUUCUUCUGCUGCUGCUGCGGUUCCGGCUCCGGCUCCGGCUCCUCAGCCAUGGCAAGGUGCGGCGAUUAAGCCGCUUAUUGCUUCGAUUGCUACAGGUAUCAUUCUGUGGUUUGUUCCAGUGCCAUCCGGUGUUUCUCGAAACGCGUGGCAAUUGCUUGCGAUUUUCCUCGCGACCAUCGUUGGGAUUAUUACUCAACCCUUGCCUCUUGGUGCUGUUGCUUUGCUGGGACUUGGUGCUUCUGUUCUGACUAAAACCCUAACCUUCUCUGCUGCUUUCUCUGCAUUCGGUGAUCCCAUCCCAUGGCUCAUCGCUCUUGCCUUCUUCUUCGCUCGAGGGUUCAUUAAGACUGGACUUGGUAAUCGAAUUGCUUAUCAAUUUGUUUCUCUAUUCGGUAGUUCGUCGUUAGGGUUAGGGUAUAGUUUAGUAUUCAGUGAGGCCUUGUUGGCACCGGCAAUUCCUUCGGUGUCAGCCAGAGCAGGAGGGAUAUUCCUUCCACUGGUUAAAUCGCUUUGUGUUGCUUGCGGUAGCAAUGUUGGUGAUGGGACGGAGAACCGGUUGGGAGCUUGGUUGAUGCUCACUUGCUUUCAAACUUCGGUGAUUUCAUCAUCCAUGUUCUUGACGGCUAUGGCUGCUAAUCCUCUGAGUGCGACUCUGACGUAUAACACGAUUAAGCAGACGAUUGGAUGGACAGACUGGGCUAAAGCAGCCAUUGUUCCAGGAUUGAUCUCCUUGAUUGUGGUGCCAUUGCUUUUAUAUGUGAUUUAUCCGCCCACGGUGAAGAGCAGUCCAGACGCACCAAAGCUUGCCAGAGAGAAAUUGGAAAAGAUGGGACCAAUGACCAAGAAUGAGAUUAUAAUGGCUGGAACUCUGCUUCUCACGGUGGGGCUUUGGGUUUUUGGAGGGGUUCUUAAUGUGGACGCUGUUACCGCUGCUAUUUUGGGGUUGUCCGUCCUUCUUGUGACCGGGGUUGUGACAUGGAAAGAGUGCUUGGCAGAAGCUGUUGCCUGGGACACUCUAACAUGGUUUGCUGCACUCAUUGCAAUGGCAGGGUAUCUCAACAAAUAUGGUCUCAUCGCCUGGUUCAGCCAAACUGUAGUGAAGUUUGUUGGCGGCCUAGGUCUUUCAUGGCAGCUCUCUUUCGGCAUUUUAGUUCUUCUCUAUUUCUACUCCCACUACUUCUUUGCAAGUGGAGCUGCUCAUAUAGGCGCGAUGUUUACAGCCUUCUUAUCUGUUGCUAGUGCUUUGGGGACUCCCCCCUACUUUGGAGCAAUUGUACUUUCCUUCUUAUCUAAUCUGAUGGGUGGCCUAACUCACUACGGCAUUGGGUCAGCCCCUGUUUUCUAUGGUGCUAACUAUGUUCCUCUUGCUCAAUGGUGGGGCUACGGGUUCCUCGUAUCUGUCGUCAACAUCAUUAUCUGGCUCGGCGCUGGGGGAAUUUGGUGGAAGGCCAUUGGUUUAUGGUGAAGCAACUGAUCUAAACCAAUAUUAAACCACCCUUAAUUUGUCAAUGUCUCAAGGUGCAAUUUUCUUCCUAGGCCUUUGAGGCAGCUGGUUGCUGAUUCUCAUUUUUGUUUUUAUAUUUAUUAUUUUCAAAUCACAAAUGAAUCCUUUAGUGACAUCAACGAGAUUGUAAUCUGAAAAACUACAGAAGAUGUUACUCGAGAUAAAAGUUUACUUUUACCAGAAUUUUGACUUUGCAGAUUCAUUGCCUUCAA